AAAAGCGUAGACCUAGAAAGCAAACCCUUAAAUAGCUCUCGAACUAUUGGAAGAAAUCCAACAGUUUUAACUUUCCUGUAGAAUUGCUGACUCUAAACGCUUCUUCCUUUGCCGUCACAGAGAAACCCUAAACGCUUCCUUUGCGAAGAUGAACAAGAAACGCAACCCUCUAGAAAAUCCACCUGCUGCAUCCUCAAGCGACGACGAUGAAGUCGUCGACUCUUCUGCCGGAGAAGAAGAGGAACACGAAGAUGAUGAUGACGCUUCUUCAUCGGAAGAAGAAGAAGAAGACCAACCCAAACCUCCUUCCUCCUCCGCCGUCACAAUCCCAGGCAAAACUUCAGAUUCUGGAUCUGAAACCGAGACCGAUUCCGAUUCUGACACGGAACAGCCUCCGAAUCAGCGAUCUGGGAAAGGUAUCCUCGCCAAGGACAAGUCUCCGCCGCCUCUACCGAAAUCAGGAACGAAGCGGCCGAGUGAAGAGACCUCAAGGGAGACGAACUCGAAGCGAGAGAAGAAGACAGGCGAAGACUCAAAGAAGCCAGCUGCUUUCCAGAGACUAUGGACUGAAGACGACGAGAUCUCUGUCUUACAAGGUAUGAUCGAUUUCAAGAACGAUACAGGCAACUCUCCUUACGACGACACUAAUGCUUACUAUGAUCACAUGAAGAAAUUUAUUAGCUUUGAGGUUAGUAAGAACCAGUUCAUGGAUAAGCUUAGGAGUUUAAAGAAGAAGUAUAUGGGUAAAGAGAAGCCUUCUUUCACUAAACCUCAUGAUCAGAAGUCUUUUACAUUGUGCAAGUUUAUCUGGGGACCUGAUGGGAUGUGUCUUGAGACUGCUGUUAAGUCCAAUGGUGUCUCCAAAAAGAAGACCAACUCUGUCAAGCAAGACCCUUCUUCUCCCAAUGUUGAUGAUAUGAGAGUCUUGGUUCAUGAAUCUGAUUGGUUUGAGAGAUCUUUUCUUGUUAGAGGGAUUGCGGGUUUUGGUGUCGAUGAGCAUUUUGUGAAACAGAGUUGGAGGUUAGUCCCGGUUGAGACCAAGAAGAAAGUUGAAGAGAAGGUUAAGAUGUUGCAGGCUAAGGAAAUUGAGUUUGUCUUGCACAAGACUCAGAUUUUGCAUGAAGUUACCUCUAUGAUCGCUGAAGCAUCCAAGAACAAGCCAUUAUAAUGAUAUAUUUGAUCCCGUUUCAAUGCCAAUGUCUUUUGUUUUGAUGGCUUUCUCUCAUAUGAAAACUCUAUAUUAUUAGGUUUUUUACUCACAUAUAAAAACACCAUAAAAACAAAGUACUGUCAAGCUUGUGGCAACUUUUGCUUGGUUCUUUCGGUGUUUUUUUUUUGGAUAUUUCAAAUGUAAGGGAACUGUUGGGUAUUUUUGAAAUACAGUUAAGUUUUUGGUUACC